AUGUCUAAUACUAAAGGAGGAGAUAACAAGGGUGUGCUCAAGUAUGAUCACACCGGAAAUACAUUCCCAUUCAUCGCUUUGAUAACAGCAAAGUUGGUACCAGGAUACAAGAUCAUUGUGCGCAAGGGUCUUGAGAAGCCUGAGCUCACAGUCGUUCAGUCGAGCGACUGCUUCACUGGCAACUACCUCGUCGCCAAGUACAUCGCCAGAGCAGCAGCACCCGCCUGCACACUCUAUGGCAGCGACGCCGUGUCGGCCUCGCGUGUCGACGAGUGGCUCGAGAAGAUCGCCCACUUCAAGGUCGAGGAUGUCAACGCAUUCGCCCAGCAGGUGCAGGACCACUUCAUCUUCCGCACCUUCCUGGUUGGCUUCUCAAUCACCCUGGCCGACAUCGCAUUGUACGCUCGCGUUCAGUUGACCGCUGAGCUCAAGGCCAAGGUGCCCUCGCUCUACCACUUCAACAGAUGGUUCACCUACCUCAACACCCUUCCAGCCUUCAAGGAGACCCUGCAGCUGUUUGCUCCAGAGACUAACAACAACAACAACAAUGCUGCUGCUGGUGCUGCCGCUGCUGCCGCUGAGGACGACAAAAAGAAGAGUGUCAUGGGAUGGAGAGGCAACAUGGAGAAGCUCGCUCUGCCCGGCCUCGAGAUGGGCAAGGUCGUCACCCGUUUCCCACCCGAGCCUUCUGGAUACAUGCACAUUGGCCAUUGCAAGGCCGCCGUGCUCAACAACUACUACGCUACCGAGUACCAGGGCGAGCUGGUGAUCCGUUUCGACGACACCAACCCCGCCAAGGAGAAGGAGGAGUACGUCGAGAACAUCCUCAAGGAUCUCAAGACCCUGGACCUCAAGUACCGUCGCCAGACCAACACCUCCAACUACUUUGACCUGUGCGAGCAGAUGGCUGAGAAGAUGAUCCGCGAGAACAACGCCUACGUCGACAACACCUCCAAGGAGGAGAUCAGCGAUCAGCGUGACAAGAUGAUCGAGUCGGUCUGCAGAAACAACUCGAUCGAGAAGAACCUCGAGUGGUUCGAGGAGAUGAAGAAGGGCACCACCUUUGGCCAGACAUGCGUUCUGCGUGCCAAGAUCGACAUGGCCCACGUCGACAAGGCCUUCCGUGACCCAGCCUUCUACCGUGUCAACAUGACCCCACAUCACGUCACUGGCGACAAGUACAAGGCCUACCCACUGUACGACUUUGCCUGUCCCAUCGUGGACAGUAUCGAGGGCAUCACCCACGCUCUCCGCUCCAACGAGUACAUCAACAAGGUCAACCUCUACAACUACGUGUGCGACAUCCUCGGACUGCGUCGCCCAUUCGUCUCACAGUACAGUCGUCUCAACUUCACCUACGUGCUGCUGUCCAAGCGUAAGCUGCAGUACUUUGUCGAUGAGGGAAUUGUCACUGGCUGGCACGACCCACGUAUGCCCACACUCCAGGGUAUCAUGCGUCGCGGUCUCACCGUCGAGGCACUCAAGGAGUUCGUCCUGUCUCAGGGCGCCAGCGCCGUCAACACCAUGAUGGACAUUGGCAAGCUCUGGGCUAUCAACAAGCUGUUCAUCGAGCCAAACGUGCCCAGAUACACCUGUCUCCCAGAGAAGUGCGUGCUGGUGCGCCUCUCCAACGGCCCUGCCGCUCCCGAGCAGUUGACCAAGCCCAAGUUCGACAAGAAGCUCGAGCUCGGCAACAAGACCGUCACCAUCUCCAACUCUGUGUUGCUCGAGUACGACGAUGCCGCCGAUCUCAAGGAGGGUGAGGAGGUCACACUCAUGUCAUGGGGCAUGAACAUCAUCGUUCGCAAGGUCAACAAGGCCGCAGACGGCUCAAUCGAGUCGAUCGACGCCGACUGCAACCCAACUGGCAGCUUCAAGGACACCAAGAAGAAGCUUACCUGGUUGUCUGCCACCGUCAAGCGUGUGCCCGUUCUGUUGCAGGACUUUGACUUCUUGAUCACCAAGCCCAAGCUUGAGGAGACCGAUGAGCUCAAGGACUUUAUCAACCCCAACACCAAGUUUGAGUUGAAUGCCUUCUCCGACGAGAACAUCCUCUCACUCAAGGUUGGCGACAAGGUGCAGUUUGAGCGUCGUGGACUCUACAUCUGUGACAAGGCCGGUGAUGCCAACAAUGCCUUUGUCAUGAUCUACAUUCCAGACGGUUCCCAGAAGUUCAAGGCUGGUGAGGCUCUCACCCCAUUCGCUCCACGUGCUCCAAAGAAGGAGGAGCCAAAGGCCAAGCCUGCUGCCAAGCCAGCCAAGGCUGCUGCCAAGUAA